AUGCUAGCCCGACUAACAUUCCCUCGCCUUCUGCGACAUGCAGUCCCGUCGUUAGGCAGCAGUCUCGCCUCUUCAAAUCUGCCCUCAAUCUGGCACGCCACGCACUGUACGGCUUCGGCGCGCACGGCGCCUGCGACACCAAACGGAUCCUCCGAAUCAUGGGUGCCUUCCUUACGCACCUCAAUUGAAGGCCAUUCGUCGUCUGUCGAUCCAUUCGCUCUCGUCGGCGCCGACCUCGCGAAAAUGACCCGCUCGAUUCGUGAAACGGUAUCGGUGCUGCAGCAUCCGGUCUUGGACGGCGCUGCCUCUCACUUGCUCUCGCUGCAGGGUAAGCGAUUUCGGCCCAUUAUGGUCCUCCUCAUGGCUCACUCCACGGCCAUGGUUGCCCCGGUCGUCCCGCCGCGCUUGCUUCCAAGUCAACUUAGACUCGCUGAGAUUACAGAAUUGAUACAUGCCGCUUCGUUGCUGCACGAUGACGUCAUCGAUGUCGCUGAUACCAGACGAGGCGCGAUAAGCGUCAACUCAUUGUUUGGAAAUCAGCUCGCCGUACUUGCGGGCGAUUUUCUCUUGGCGCGUGCGUCAGUCGCGCUUGCGCGCCUGCGAGAUUGCGACGUCGUGGAAUUGCUGUCGACUGUGAUUGAGCACCUUGUCCGCGGAGAAGUGAUUCAGAUGAAAGGUGGUAUUGGCGAAGUGUUCGGAGGUAUUGGCGAUGUGACUGAGCAAGCACGGGAUGAGCAGAGCUCGUACCACAAGCCGAAGACUCAGUUCGAUGCGUACAUUGCCAAAACGUUUUUCAAGACGGCAUCUCUAGUAGCCAACUCAUGCCGCGCGGUCACGAUGCUCGCAGCGCAUCCAAAACAUGUAGCAGAUGCCGCAUAUCAAUACGGCGAGAACGUGGGCAUUGCCUUUCAAUUGAUCGACGACAUGCUGGACAUGACGGCGUCGGAGGAUGCUUUAGGCAAACCGGUACUGAACGACAUUACGCAGGGACUUGCGACGGCGCCAGUUUUAUUCGCUCUUGAGGAAUUCCCGGAGAUCGGCCCGAUGAUAGACAGGCGAUUUAAGCAGGAUGGCGACGUGGAACGGACGCUCGAGCUUGUGGAAAAGGCGGAUGGGAUUCGAAGGACGAAGGCACUCGCCACGCAGCAUGUACAAAAGGCAGUUGAUGGGCUUGUGAGCGUUUUGCCGCCUAGCGAGCAUAGAAGCGCGCUUAUUAACUUGGGUAACUUUGUUUUAGAACGACAACGGUAGGAGCGAAUUAAACAAAUAGAGAAGGCUAUUGUUUUA